ACGGACGCGGCUCGGGAGCCGCCAGCGUCGCGACCCGACUCCUGUCGCCCGCGCUCUCGGGCUGCCGGUUCAGGAUUUUCAGACUGAGGAGCAGAGCAGUUGGAGCUAAUAACCAUCAUGGAAAUGGAAACCCCUGAAUCUGAACCCGAUUGUGUAGUGCAGCCUCCCUCUCCUACUGAUGACUUUUCAUGCCAGAUGAGACUCUCUGAGAAGAUCACUCCAUUGAAGACUUGUUUUAAGAAAAAGCCAGAUCAGAAGAGAUUGGGAAACGGAACUCUGAGGUCUUUGAGGCCAAUAUUAAAUACUUUGCUUGAAUCUGGUUCACUUGAUGACGUUUUUAGAUCCAGAACCCAGAGUGCAGAUGAUAGCAGCUUGCAUGACUCUAUUGUGAAAAAACCCCUGGAAAUGACUGCACCAUGUCCACCAGCAGAAAGCAGUAUGUCUGUCCUGAUUCCUGGUGGGACAAAUGUUGGGAACCAAGUACCAGAAUCUCAUUCUCCCACGGAUGCUCCAGAGCAAGUAGUUCCAAUCCAGGAUCACAACUUUUCACCAGAAACCAUCAGUGGGACAGUGACAGAUUCUACAGCAGGGCACUUCCAGACUGACCUUUUGCAUCCAGUUUCAAGUGAUGUCCCUGCUAGUCCUGACUGCAUAGACAAAGUCAUGGAUUAUGUCCCAGGGAUUUUUCAAGACAACAGUUUUACAAUCCAGUACAUUUUGGACACCAGUGAUAAGUUGAGUACUGAACUCUUCCAGGACAAAAGUGAAGAGGCUUCCCUUGACCUGGUGUUUGAGCUGGUAAACCAGUUACAGUACCACACUCACCAAGAAAAUGGAGUUGAAAUUUGCAUGGAAUUCUUGCAAGGCACUUGUAUUUAUGGCAGGGAUUGUUUAAAACACCAUACAGUAUUGCCAUAUCACUGGCAAGUCAAGAGAACGACGACACAGAAAUGGCAGAGUGUAUCUAAUGAUUCCCAGGAGCACUUGGAAAGAUUUUACUGCAAUCCAGAAAACGACAGAAUGAGAAUGAAGUAUGGAGGACAAGAAUUUUGGGCAGAUUUGAAUGCCAUGAAUGUGUAUGAAACAACUGAAUUUGACCAACUACGAAGGCUGUCCACACCACCCACUAGCAAUGUUAACUCUAUUUACCACACAGUCUGGAAAUACUUCUGUAGGGACCACUUUGGAUGGCGAGAAUAUCCUGAGUCUGUUAUUCGACUGAUUGAAGAAGCCAACUCUCGAGGGCUUAAAGAAGUUCGAUUUAUGAUGUGGAACAACCACUAUAUCCUCCACAACUCAUUCUUCAGGAGAGAAAUAAAAAGGAGACCUCUUUUCCGCUCCUGUUUUACACUGCUUCCGUAUUUGCAGACACUUGGUGGGGUUCCUACACAGGCUCCUCCACCUCUGGAAGCAACCUCCUCCUCACAAAUCAUCUGCCCAGAUGGGGUUACCUCGGCAAACUUUUACCCUGAGACAUGGGUCUACAUGCAUCCCUCUCAGGACUUCAUCCAAGUGCCUGUUUCUCCAGAGGACAAAAGCUACCGAAUCAUUUAUAACCUCUUUCAUAAGACUGUGCCUGAGUUUAAAUACAAAAUUUUGCAAAUAUUGAGAGUCCAAAACCAGUUUCUUUGGGAGAAAUACAAAAGGAAAAAGGAAUAUAUGAACAGGAAAAUGUUUGGCCGUGACAGAAUAAUAAACGAGAGACAUUUGUUUCAUGGAACAUCCCAGGAUGUUGUCGAUGGAAUCUGCAAGCACAACUUUGACCCUCGAGUCUGCGGAAAGCAUGCUACUAUGUUUGGACAAGGCAGUUAUUUUGCAAAGAAGGCCAGCUACUCUCAUAACUUUUCCAAGAAGUCCUCCAAAGGAGUCCAUUUCAUGUUUUUGGCCAAAGUACUGACUGGCAGAUACACGAUGGGUAGUCAUGGCAUGAGAAGACCCCCUCCAGUCAAUCCCAGCAGCGUCACCAGUGACCUGUAUGACUCUUGUGUGGAUAAUUUCUUUGAGCCUCAGAUUUUUGUCAUUUUUAAUGAUGACCAGAGUUACCCUUAUUUUGUUAUUCAAUAUGAAGAAGUCAACAACACUGUUUCCAUUUGAAAAAUCUUGGUACUGCUAACUUAUUUGAUAAGAACUCAAGCCAGCAUUUGUAGCAGGUUUUGGAUGGGGGGUCUGGGGGGGGGAACAGUAUUGGACAUCCAUAGGGCACUUUUCAGACCCAUUUUUUUAAGUGCUAGAAAGAGAGUUGCUUUUGUUUUCAUUUUUUUAAGGAAAACGCAUUUUUAAAUGACCAUUUAUCCUUUAAUUACAUACUAAUUGUUCGUAUACCGAGUGUGGGAAAGACUACAGAUUGCAUAUACUUUUCAAUUCACACUUGUACAUUGAGUCAGCGAUGUUACUCGACGCAUCUAAAAAGUAAAAUACACUGAACAUUAACCUGGCUGAGUAAAUCUGGCUUGGGCCUGUCAGAAGUUAGGGCGAUUGAAAUGGAAGCUGUGAGCCAAGUAAGGGUUGUAUUUAUUUACAGUGGUAAAACUGACCCGAACUGGUACAGCCACAUCCAAAGCCUCCCUGUUCCAGUGUAAGAUACGUUCAUGAGAUUCGGGUGGCUAGAAAGAAAUUUAUAUUUCUAUCAGCAGGACUGAAACACAUCACCCAACUGGAGGGCAUCAGCGGCUUAACUGUUCAGCAGUGUGCCUGAGUGUUCGGAGGUAUGUUAAGGGAGUAAAAAGAACUAUUCGGAAAAUUUGAUUCACCAGCAACCUUUUUUACUUACUAUUUAUGUAAGAUUCUUAUGUUGCUCAACAUCAGCCAUGAAAAACUCAAAUCUUUUCCAUUGUCCUCGACCUCAAUUUAAAGGAGUUAGGCAGCUAAUUUGGUUGUGCCAGUUUUGAGGUUAGAAGUAGUACUUGAUCUGGGGGUUGGGGGUUCCAGGCCUAGCAAGCACUUCAUUAAAGGUCUUAAAAAAGGAAGUACAUCUACAACCAAAUUGAUAAGGUUUAUUACUGUGCUUUGUACAAAGUAGCCUCUUCAAAAGUAUUUGUUGACUUGGAAUUACUGUUCAGGGUGAUAAUCCCACCCUGAGGCCUGCUCUGCCAGAUGCACCUCGGUUCCCUGGCUGACUGAAUCUGACACUACUUAUUUAAUAGAAACACAAACUUGGAAAUUGUUCCACUGGCCCAGCUGGAGCACUGUUAGGUGAAUGUGCGAUACCUCGGUUCUAAGAAGUAGCAGCUAGGUAUACUUCGGCUUAAACAAAACAAUUCUUGGAUUUACAAAUGUGGAGGUGGUUAUUCAAGAUUAUUCACCACGGAAUUCCUUCAGCUACCAAGCUCUCCUAGUAUGUCUGCAAUGAUUUCAUUUACACAAAUUAUCAGGAAAUUCUGUGUUGUUUAGGCAAGAUAUAUCUGUACUGGUGUCUCAGUGAAUCAACCUGUUUAAGCACUUACCAGGGCUUCCACGCAGUUAUUUAUUUUGCCCUAGUUGAUCCUGUUGUUUGCUGUCAUUGGCAUGAAACAGCCAACUGUGGCUGUUACUUUGAGUCAGUUCUUUCAUUUGAUUAUAGCCUUGUAAACCAGUGAUUCCCAAUCUUUUUCAAGUUCGGACACCUUACCACUGCUUAUUUGAUUUUAUGAAACUUGUUCCUUUUUUCUCCCUGAAGAAAAAAAAGCUUUAUGACAUAUUUAUUUUUUUAAUAAAAUUAGGCAAAAAUAAAAGUUCUGAUAAACCU